AUGCAUUGGCUACAAAAAUUCCAGGGGAUUUGCAUGCUAUGGAGGACUCAGAUGGCCUGUCGCACUGUCCACAUUCAUACCAAGCAACUUGCAUCUCUGCAGUGGGGCCACCAGGAAGUUCCUGCUAACUUUAACUUUGCAAGUGGUGUGAUGGAUUACUGGGCUGGCAUGGAGAAGGCUGGCAACAGACACCUGGGUCCAGCCCUCUGGUGGGUGAGUGGUGAUGGCGAUGAAGUGAAGUGGAACUUCAGUCAACUGAGUGAACUCAGCCAACAGGUGGCCAAUGUACUCUUGGGAGCAUGUGGCCUGCAGUGUGGGGACCGUGUGGCAGUGGUGCUGCCCCGAGUUCCUGAGUGCUGGCUGGUGACUCUGGGCUGCAUGCGAGCAGGCCUUGUCUUCAUGCCUGGGACUAUCCAGCUUAGAGCCAAAGACAUACUCUACAGGCUGCAGGUGUCUAAGGCCAAGGCCAUUGUGGCUGGGGAUGAAGUGGCUCAGGCCAUGGACACUGUGGCACCUGACUGCCUUUCUCUGAAAACAAAGAUACUGGUGUCUGAAAAAAGUCAGGAUGGGUGGCUGGAAUUCAAGACAUUAUUACAAGGAGCAUCUACCACUCAUCACUGUGUGGAGACAGGAAGCCAAGAAGCAGCUGCUAUCUACUUCACCAGUAGGACUACAGGCCUUCCCAAAAUGGCAGAACAUUCCCAUGCAAGCCUGGGCAUCAGGGCCAAGAUGGAUGCUGGCCUAUGGAUAGGCCUGCAAGCCUCGGACCUAAUAUGGACCAUAUCAGACACAGGUUGGGUAGUGAACAUCAUGAGCUCAUUUCUGGAUCCCUGGACAUCAGGAGCAUGCAUAUUUAUCCAUCUCUUGCCAAAGUUUGACCCAGUGGUCAUUCUAAAGGUGCUGUCUAGCUACCCAAUCAACAACCUGGUAGGAGCACCCAUUGUUUACCAAAUGCUGCUAUAACAGGACCUUUCCAGUUACAAGUUCCCACAUCUACAGAACUGCUUCAGUGGAGGGGAUACCCUCCUCCCAGAAACUCUGAAGAGCUGGAAGUCUCAGACAGGACUGGAUAUUCGAGAGUUUUAUGGCCAGACAGAAAUGGGACUCACAUGCAGAGUUUCCAAGACAAUGAAAGUCAAGCCUAGCUGCCUGGGGACUGUGAUUCCCCAUUACGAUGUGCAGAGCAUUGAUGGCAAGGGCAGCAUCCUGAUGCCCAACACUGAAAGUAACAUUGGCAUCAGGAUCAAGCCCACCAAGCCCAUUGGCUUGUUCAUGUGCUAUGAGAAUGACCGACUGAAGAUAACCGAAAUGGAGUGUGGGGAUUUUUAUAACACUGGGGACAAAGCAACUAUUAACACAGAGGGCUACAUCUGGUUCCUGGGCAGAGAUAAUGACAUCAUCAACACCUAUGGGUAGGAAAGUGGAGAACCCCUUGUCCAGCAUCCAGCAGUGGCUGAGUCAGCUAUGGUUACCAGCCCGACCCAACGCGAGUUGUAAAGGCUUCCAUUUGUCUUCAUUCCAUAGUUUCUGUCCCAUGACCUGGACCAGCUCACAAAGGAGCUGCCUCAGUACAUGAGGUCAGUGACAGCCCCCACCAAACACCCAAGAAAAUCCCUGCUUCCUCAUCGCACCCGAACUCGUGUCCUCCUUCGUAUCCUCGUCCCAGCUGAACCCCGGGACCCUCACUCUGCGCUUCCCGGGCCUUUUGGUCCACGUUCCCGCGACCCUGGCUCCACGCUCCUCCAGCCACUCAGCAGCCAGCUCCCGGAGGGGCGGGGCCUCGCAGGCGGGAGUUACCCGGGCACGUGUGGCUCGGGCCUGCCUGGACUAUGA